UUCGUGACAGGCAACAUCUUAUUAAAUUAACGUUGCGCUGUCUGCGUGUGUGUCUGUCUGUCUGUCUCUUGAUUGUGUUUGUUUGUUAUUAUCAUAAUUAAUAAUAUAGCCAAUAGUGAGUGUAUACGCCAAAACGCUUGCCACGGACAGCGUGUAGAAACAACGGUCGAUAGAAAAAUAAAUAAAAAUAAAAAUAUUUAAAUGGACAGAGCAACAGUAAAAUAAUGCAAAAAUAAACCGGGCUUUAAGCGGUAAUAUGAAUUACGUUUUUAAACCAGAAUCAAAAAAUCAAAAUUAAUGCAUUUCCCAAUAUACAUACAUAAAUGGCUAAAAUCAGACAAAGAUUGAAAUUUCGAGUUAGACGACAUACGAAGAAGAAAAACUAAAGAAUUUUAACCCUUCUGCGGAGACAAAAAGUGAAACGAAAAAAAUUAUAUAAAUAAAUUGUGUAAAGUGUUAAAAAAAAGAAGAAAAAUUUGUGAAGAAACAAAAAAACUAAGCAACAAAACAAAUGUUAACAGCAAAGUGAAGAAGUGCACAAAAAAGCAGCAGUGAAAAAUCGCUGCUGAGCAAACAAAUAAAAAAGCGCAAGUAGAAUAGCGAAAAUAUACAAGAAAAAAAUUUUAAAACAAUAUUUAACAAGUAAAGUAUAAAAAGAAAAAAACAAACACGGCAACGCCAACAACAAUCAUACCAUAUACAACGCGUGCCAAAACGCUAGCAACAACGGCAACAACAGCGACAACAACGUGUGUUGCCGGUGCCAGUGCGGAUGUUGCAGCUGCUGCUGGUGCUGGUAGAUCCACACCCACACCAACAUCGCCAACACCACCAAUACACCCAAUAACAACCACAACAUUAACAGCUACAACAGUAAAUGAAACGUCAGAAACAACAACAAAUGCGUUGUCAUCAUCAACGUUAAAUAAUAAAAUUAUUAAUAAUAAUAGUGAUAAAAUUUUUAACAAUUUUAUUAAUAAUAGCAACAAUAAUAAUAAUUUGCAAACAACAACAGCAACAGCAACAGCAUCAUUAUCAUUAGCAGCUAGCAGCCACCGAAUGCAGCCACAAGUGCCGCAAGCCGCUGGGACAGCCGAUAUGGAUUUGACGGCUGUUCAAUCGAUGGAUUGGUUUUUCAAAAAGGAGCAAUUUUAUCUAUUGGCACAAUUUUUACAACAGCGCGCUAACUUGGAGGAUAAGGAAGUUGACACCUUAAAAGAUCAAUUAACCACCAACACAGACACCACCACCACCACCACCACCAGCAACACACCAGCCACCGACAUACCGGCCGACAUAGACGAGUUCAGUAACGCGGCCGCAGCCGCACUUGGCGCCAACACAACAACAGAGUGCAACGCCAACAACACAAACACCUCUAACAACACCAGCAGCAACACAACUACCACCAGCACCAUCACCUCCAACACAACAAACCCACCAAGCAACAAACUGCUUUCACCCGACAGCGCCGCUUAUAGCAGCGUUGCCGCCGCGGCUGCUGCUGCUGUCGCUGCUUCAGGCUUUCAUAGUCCUACAAGCGCGCAUUUAGCGCAUAACAACAACAACAACAAUACGAAGCUGUUGAACAGCGUUGCUGCAGCGAUAACACUACAUCAGAACGGUGGCAACUUGUUGGCCGCCACCACAACGAAUACACCCUCACCCUCGCCACCGCUCUCAACGGACGGUUGCAGUAUUGCUGCCGCCGCUGCUGCUGCGGCUGCGUGUGGUAAUAGCAACGUUUCACCGCUGAGCGCCGCAUUGAACGGCGUCAACGGUUGUCUCAAUCCCAAAUUGUUCUUCAAUCACGCCCAACAAAUGAUGAUGGAAGCUGCGGCUGCUGCCGCCGCUGCUGCUGCAGCAGCUGCUGUACAACAGCAACAAUCGCCAUUGCAUUCACCACUGCAUGGCGCGCCACAUAUGGAUGCCGAUGAUGAUAUGGAUGAGGAUGGCAGUCGCGGUGCGUCAGCGAUAGACGCAAGCAAAUUGAUCACCAGUCUCACAGCAAAAAUGGAAUUGGUGAAGCGACCACGAGUUGGUGAUGAUGAUGAUGAGGAGGACGAGGAGGAGGAGGGUGAUAACAAUGACAAUGAUGAGGCGCAAAGGGAAGAGGAGGCAAAUGAAGAGCAGCAGCUGGCUGCUGAGCACGACUUAGAGGCCGAUGAGAAUGCGAAUGCGCGCAAGCGUGGUAAUAAAGCAACAAAUCAAAAGGAUUUUGAGGAAAAUCGAUGUGGUCAAAGAACUGAUGAUACUAGCUUAAAUAUUAGCUCUAACGAUAGCAAUAAAACAACAACUAGUUAUAGUAUAAACAAUAAAAAUAAUUGUGCAAGAAAAACAAAAGCAAACAGAAAGACCAAUGCGAAUGCCACAAUGCCAAUCGGUGAUGAUUGCAUUGUAAAUGAUGUUGAUAAUGAUGAUGAUUAUGAGGUAGAUAAUGAAGCCGCACAUACAACGGAAGUGAAGCGCAUGGAAAUUGACGGCGGUGAAAGUGUUGAGAGUGGGAAAAACGAUGCAACGACAAUUGGUUGCUACAGUAGAAGUGCAACAAUAAAACCGAAUGCGGUAGGAAACAAUCAUGCUGAAUUAUUAGCUGCCAAAGACAAAGAGAUUAAAGCACUUUUCGAAGAGGUACAACGCCUGCGCACUAUCGAACAAACACAACUCACACAAAUACAACGACUUGAGGAUCACUUAGAAGUGAAGCGUCAGCAUAUUAUGCGUCUCGAAGCGCAACUUGAUAAGCAAGAAAUCAAUCAAACUGGCACGACCAGCGCAAAUAGCACAUCAACAUCAACGGCAACAACAACAACAGCAGCAGCCGCUUCCUCAGCAGUGCCACUGACACAUGUCAUACACAAUGUUGACGAUGAUGAUGAUGAUGAUGACGAUGAUGAUGUUGUUGAAGCUACAGAGCAGGCGGAUAAUGCUGAAAUUGUUGAAGACACAACAGCUACAACAGUUGCCAAAAUAGAUUUAACCACCAAUAGCACAACAACUACAACAACAGCAGCAGCAGCAGCAAUAUCAACAGCAGACCAUAAGAGAGACGCUAUAGAAGCUGAGCUUGCCGCCGAUGUUGAAUUGGCAGCCGAUCGCGCGUGUGAGAAGCUAACAACAGCGGAUGUGGCAAAUGCAACAACAGUGGCCAGCAAUGAUGAUAGUAACUCAACGACAGCAACAACAACAACAACAGUAGCAGCCGCAACAACACAAUCAACAAUAGUUGAUGAGAUUAAAAUCAAAAAGGAAAAUCACAGCCCACUCGAUUUGGAUGUGAUUAGUCAGCAAUCGGCCAUUGCUGCUGCAGCCGCUGCUGCUGCGGCUGCAUGCGCCAAUGAUCCGAACAAAUUCCAGGAAUUACUACUUGAGGGCACCAAAGCGUUGGCGGCUGCCGCCAGUGCGGCUGAAGGAACAACAGUGCCUGCCAGCCAACAAGUGGAUAAUGCUGACCACACCAACGCCGAUGUGAGCAACAGCAGCAACCAGAAGAGCGAGAAGAGCAUAGAAAAUGAUGAAAAUGAGAAAACAAUCGCUGCAAUAAGUCCAACAGAAAUGAGUAAUUUAAUGCCAAAAAUCGAAAUUGUCGAUGAUGAUGAUGAUGAUGAGGAUAAUGAUGUUAGUGAUGUUUGCAAUGAUAAUGCCGCUGAGCUUAUGCAAGAAACUGAUGUAGACGCCAACGUAAAAGAUGACGCUUAUGAAGACGUCAACGAGCUUGAGCACGCCAACCCGCCACAGCCGUCUACCACCAUCGAUGUGGACGCCUUGGAGAGUGCGAGCAGCAAUGAUGCAGCAGCCACUGUUGGCGGCGAAAAGUCCGAAUUGCAAGCACUGCAACAACAUGUUGCGGCCGCUGCUGCCGCUGUAGCUUGCUUUGAUGAGAAUGUUGACACCUUUGGCUCAUUGCUCGGUGAAGAAUUGGUGAAUUCAUAUUGGCGUGGCUUCAAGAUGCCCACAGCGUCGGCGGGUAAUGGCGGUAGUAGCGGCGGAGGCACAUCAGCGCGUAUGCCAAAUGCCAAUAAUAUGUUUGCAAAUCCAUUGCAACAACGUUUGCCGCCGCCGCCUGCAAUACCACCGCCUCAUCAGCAACAGCAGCAGCAGCAACAACAUCACGGCAUGUUGCAUCAUCAGCACUCAGGUCUAAUGCCACAACACAUGCAGCAACACCAUCAGCACCACCACAAUCUGUUUCAACAGCAACAGCAACAACAACAACAGCAGCAGCAAGCUCAUGCAACGGCUGCGCAGCAACAUGGACCCUCGUCCACUACGCUGCUCAGCCAAUUAGUUAAUUCCACAUUCUCAUCAGCAGCACCACCUACCACUUGUUCUUCUUCCUCCUCCUCAACUUCUACUCAUUCUUCUUCUCUACGCACAGAUGGUCUGCUACCGCCCCACCACCUGCAUCACGGUCACCAUGCACAGGGCUCAUCAUCCGCAUCGUCGUCGUCUGCACCACCACCGCCACCGCCACCAAUGCCGCCACAUCAUCACCUGCAUCAGCCACAUCUCAGCGCCGAGGCUUUACAUGGCAGCAACAACAACGCCAAUGAUAUGUCAUCCAAUUCCAAUACACCGCACGCGCUGGAUUCGCGUGAUGAGCUGCACUCUUCGCUGAAUGGCAGCAGCAAAUCGAUGUUGGAAGACAACAACAACACACUUUGUGGUACACCGAACGCUGCGGCGAAUGCUACAAGCGCUGCAGCUAUGGCUGCCGCCGCAAUGGCCGCUCAACAACAUCCACAUCUGCCACCCGGCUAUUUGCAUGCGUUACCAUUCCAAUUUCAGGAGCGCAGUCACUUCCGCUUCGCUGACGAUUUACAGCUACCGCCAGGCGCUUCCAUGGCCGGCCGCCUCGGCGAAUCGCUCAUACCGAAGAGUGAUCCAAUGGAGGCGAAGCUGCAGGAAAUGUUACGCUACAACAUGGAUAAGUACGCAAAUCAGCCGCUGGACACAUUGCACAUCUCGCGACGCAUACGUGAGCUACUGUCGGUGCACAAUAUCGGUCAACGGCUGUUCGCCAAAUACAUACUCGGCUUGUCACAAGGCACCGUCUCGGAGUUAUUGUCCAAGCCGAAACCGUGGGAUAAGCUGACCGAGAAGGGACGUGACAGUUAUCGCAAAAUGCACGCCUGGGGCUGUGAUGAUAACGCUGUGAUGCUACUCAAGUCGCUCAUACCGAAGAAAGAUUCUGGUUUGCCGCCGUAUGGUGGACGCGAAGAUUCCAUGUCCGAUGAUCGCCUCGCACAUAUACUGAACGAGGCAUCAAGCUUGAUUAAGAAUUCCACACCCGGCUCACUGCAACAGCAAUUGAAGGAAGCCGAACAGCGCCAGCUGCAACAGGAGCAAAAUCGUCGUUCGGCGCAUGAUGACUCGCAACAUAGCAAUGAGGACUCGAAGUCGCCACAUCCGCUCUGUACAUCGCCCUUCUAUAAGAGCAACAGUCAAUUGAAACAGGAACAGGAGGCAGCAGCCGCCGCCGCCGCCGCCGCUGCACAGCAGCAACAGCAACAUCGCCUGCGUCAGGAGCAGGAGUUGACGCCCGAUAAAAUGGCGCGCAUCUAUCAGGAGUUCCUGAUGCGUACGCCACGUGAAGCCGCCUUUCCAAGCCUUCUGCUCUCGCCUUUUUUCAGCGCCGCCAGUGGCAUGCCCAGCGGUUGUGGGCUACCGAAUAUGAUGGCUGGUGCCGAUGAGAAUUUACGUCUCACAUAUGAACGUGAAAUGGCUAAAUUACAGCAACAGCAACAACAGAAUGCCGCAGCCGCUGCGGCCGCCGGUAGCUUGCCGAACUUCCCAAAUUUCUCCAAUUUGAUGGCGCUGCAGCAACAAGUAUUAAAUGGCGCACAAGACCUGACGCUCACGAAAGAUCCCAAAGACAUUAUCAAAGUCAAUGGGCAACGUAGCAUCGAACACUCGAGCAACUCUAUGGACUCACAGUGUGGCAAUAGUAACAGUAAUACGGCCACAAUGCCAGGCAAUAAUACGGUCGGUGGCAACAGUAAUCAUGCCAAAGACAUGCCUAAUGCUGAGAGCUUAGACCGUCAUGGCAGUGCGGGUAUGUCAUUGCAUGGGCGUAAAUUAGACAGCGGCAGCCACACACCUGUACCGCCACCACCAACGAGCAAUGCCUCGGUUGGCAUGCAUGGCGUGAGUAAUUCUACUGCACCGAGUCCAUUGAGCAACUCGAUCCUACCGCCUGCAAUGACUUCGAACGAUGACUUCUCCGCCACUGCAAGCCCACUGCAGCGCAUGGCAUCUAUAACGAAUUCAUUGAUCACACAACCACCCGUCCCACCACAUCACACGCCACCACAACGUCCCACCAAAGCUGUUUUACCACCAAUCACACAACAACAAUUCGAUAUGUUCAACAAUCUCAACACCGAGGACAUUGUGCGACGUGUCAAAGAGGCACUUUCGCAAUACUCCAUAUCACAGCGCCUCUUUGGGGAAUCCGUGCUCGGCCUGUCGCAGGGUUCCGUCUCCGAUUUAUUGGCACGUCCAAAGCCAUGGCAUAUGUUGACACAGAAGGGUCGUGAACCGUUCAUACGCAUGAAAAUGUUCCUUGAGGACGAGAACGCCGUGCAUAAGUUGGUAGCGAGCCAAUAUAAGAUUGCGCCCGAGAAGCUUAUGCGCACGGGCAGCUAUAGCGGCACACCACAGUUACCACAGGGUUUGGCGAGCAAAAUUGGCGCCUCCCUGCCGAUGCAAAAGAUGAUGAAUGAAUUGAAACUGCAAGAGCCGACACAAGCUCAGCAUAUCAUGCAGCAAAUGCAAGCCGCUGCUAUGUCCGCUGCCAUGCAACAGCAUCAGCAGCAAGCGCAGAGCCAACAACAACACGCCGCCGCUGCCGCAGUACAAGCAGCACAGGCCGCAGCUGCAGCACAAGCUGCGCACCAUCAAAGCAUGCUGCUGACUUCGCCUGGUCUGCCACCACAGCAUGCCAUUAGUCUGCCACCAACCGGCGCAGCUGGCGGCAAUGCUGGUCCAGGCACACCGGGCAGCGAUAAGAAGCCAAUGAUGAUGCCAAUACAUUCACCACAUCAGGCCAAUGCAAUGCGGAGCAUGCAUCAACAUAUGUCGCCUACCGUAUACGAGAUGGCAGCGCUUACUCAGGAUCUAGAUACGCAGAUAAUAACGACGAAAAUUAAGGAAGCUCUACUUGCCAACAACAUUGGACAGAAGAUUUUCGGCGAAGCAGUGCUGGGACUCUCACAAGGCUCCGUCUCGGAGUUGCUUAGCAAACCGAAACCAUGGCACAUGCUCUCCAUAAAGGGACGUGAACCAUUUAUACGCAUGCAAUUGUGGCUAUCGGACGCCAACAAUGUAGAACGUCUGCAGGUGAUUAAGAAUGAACGCCGCGAAGCGAGCAAACGGCGUCGUUCGACCGGCCCCAAUCAGCAGGACAACAGUUCGGAUACAUCCAGUAAUGAUACAAACGAUUUUUAUACCAGCUCACCCGGACCCGGCUCGGUGGGCUCAUCCGUUAGCGGUGCACCGCCAAAUAAGAAGCAACGCGUACUCUUUUCCGAGGAGCAAAAGCAAGCACUGCGUCUAGCCUUCGAACUCGAUCCUUACCCUAAUGUGGCUACCAUCGAAUUUCUUGCCAAUGAACUGGGACUCGCCACACGCACCAUUACGAACUGGUUCCACAAUCAUCGCAUGCGUCUCAAACAACAAGUGCCGCACAAUCAGCCCGGUGCCGAUAAUCCAAUACCAAGCCGUGAAAAUACCAAUUCAACGCCUUUCGAUCCCGUCCAAUUCCGCAUACUACUGCAACAACGUCUACUCGAGCUGCACAAAGAGCGAAUGGGACUGAGUGGCGCACCAACACUACCCUACCCGCCGUACUUUGCCGCCGCCGCGCUACUUGGACGCAGUUUGGCCGGCAUGCCAGGCGCCGCUGCCGCCGCCGCAGCUGCAGCAGCCGGUGCUGGUGGGGAGCCCGAUUUACAUGCGCUCAAUCAGGCCUUCAGAGAACAAAUGCGUGGUCUAGAUCUCUCGAUGAGCUCAAUGAAGCGUGAACGCAGUGUCGACUACGACGACGAACUCGACGAUAGUCAUCUAAGUGACAAUGAAUCAUUGGAUGGCGCCGAUGAUAAAUCACUUAGCGGUGAUUACAAAGAUGGCGCUAGCACGCCACGCUCUACGCCGCUCUCAGCUGCUGCCAGCUACUUAAUGGGCGGUCUGGCCGCCAGCAUGCGUAGCAGCUCACGACGCAAACCAGCCGCACCACAAUGGGUUAAUCCCGCCGGUCCGAACGUAACGAUUGAUGCCAAUGGCAUCAUGAUUGCUGGUGCCUCAACAGCAGCAACCAACGCAACAGGUCUGCCACCAUCCGCCGCCGAACAGGAACGCAUCAUUAAUGGUGUUUGCGUCAUGCGACCGUCCGAUUUUAGUCGAAGUGAUGAAGCUGGUGAAGGCGCCAGCACUAACAACAAUACCACCGGCGGUGAUGUCAAUCUAGAGGCGACAAAACGUGGUGCCGAAGUGCUUGAAGGAGAGUUUGAAGCACAACAAAGAUUCCUGGAACCGGAAGUGCGCAUAAAACAGGAAAAGGAAGAUUGUGACAGCGACAACGAGGCAACAACAUCACUGCCAACACACGAACACCGGCCGACAAGCGAAGAGAAGCUAAAAGUCAUUAGUGAAGACAAGUUGCGCAUGGUGCGCGUGCAACGGCACAGCCACGAAGACGAUGCGUCAGCGGUAGCGGCAGCGCCGACAAUGACCAGCGAUGUAGCGACGGCCGGUGUAACCACAACGAAUACAACCGGUAUGCCAACAACGGCAGGAGGCGCAGCUGGCGUAUGGAAUUAUUAAGUCGCGCUCCGUACACGUGUGGGGUGUAGAAAUUCGGCGAAUUUUCUCGCGCUCUGUGCUGGCGUCGCACACUCAGUCGUUAGUCGGUUCGUACAGC